AUGAAGACCGCCAAUGCGCUUUUUGCCCGCAUGGCAUGCGGGCUUAGGCUGCCUAUACGAUUCGUAGCAGAUGUAUUUCGGCAGGAUGCUUGCGAGGCCUGCGUGCUAAAUGUCGUAUGUGCUCUGCGUUUGUGGUUUCUCAUGUUCUUAGGAACGAACACAUACGACAGGUUCGAGCUGCGUAUCUACAAGCGUUUGAUCGACUUGCACUCUGCAAGCGACGUGGUUCGACAGAUCACGUCUAUCAACAUCGACCCCGGUGUUGAGGUGGAGGUUACUGUGUCCAACAUAUAA